AUGAUGACGGCGCUGCGGAAGAACAGCUCGGCGGAGGAUGCGUUCCUUCCGUCGAGUAGUGCAUCCGGUAGUGGUCUCAAGAAGCAUCGCAAGAAAAAGAAAUCAAUUGCUGAAGCACAAUCAAACCCUGUGUUUGUAAUAUCUGCGGAUCCAUCAGGCCCUUCUCCGAGCACUUCUCCAAAACCAGCACAAAAACGGAAAAAGCGAAGUUGGAGAGGUGAAAGUGCAGCCAGGAAGUUGAGUGAGGCACUUCCAGCAGCACUUCGGAGUCCGACUCAAAUACUGAAACGAACGAAAAAACCAUUGGGACCAAGUCUAAGUUGGGAUCCAGAACAUAGAAGUAGAUCACCAUCAAUGACAAGAAGUCGGGUACAUUCGGAUGGAAGUUCUGAAACAGGAGGAAUAGUAGAUGGAAAACCUCAAGAAGAGGAUGGAGGAAUUGUUGAAGAACCAAGAUUUGAGCUGGAGCUUACAUGUGUACAUUGUGCAAUGGCUGCAGAUUAUAGGAGACGAAUGUUAAAGACAGAAAUCGAAAGCGCCGUUAUGAGAUUGGCACGUCGUCUUGGAAAUGGACGGAGUGGAUGGAGAGAUGAUAGUCCAUCUUCAUCAAAUGUUUCAAAUCAAUCUUCGACAGGAACAGGAAUAACAACUCUUCAUAGGCAUACUAUAUCAUCACAUCAUAGAGGAACAACUCCAGAUAUUGUAGUUUCAUCGAUUAGUUCAGAUGAGGAAGAUCACAGUGUUGACAGAUAUACAAGUUCUGAGCUGGGAAAUUCAUUGCAGACAUCUGAGGCAAGCUCUCCCGGAUCAUCAGCUUGCACAAGUCCGAAUCUACCUCGUAAUGGGAACGAAAUGACAUUUGAUAGUCCGGGUUCUGAUCAGUUAACACCUCCAUCACCUCUACGUCUUCAGCCUCCUUCACUUCUUUCACCUUACCCUGAUUCCGCAUCUCCACCACGAUCGAACUCAGUUGAUUUAUCAACUCUUCGAAGAGACAUUGAAUUACUUUCUGUAUCAUCAGGGGAUUCAGACAUAGCAUCAGAUACAGAUUUUGAGCCACCCACUCCUGCAGAAUCAAUUCGAACGUUUCGUUCAAAAAGUCACGAUCCUACAACCAGUGAUUCGGUGUUACGACGACCCAGUCGAAUUAUACACCUUUCCGAACUUUUCAGAAAAGCGUUGGCAAAAUCUCCGGUGGUACGGCGGACAGCUGCAGAUCAAGAGACCAGCAAUCCUGUGAAUAAGCAUAGAAGUAGUAGGUAUUGGAUUGAAGAUGAGGGAGACUAUCACAUUCUUCCAUCGGAACAUGUUUGGCUUCCAUCAUCAACUGGCUCAUCAGCUUCUGCAGAUUCAGAAUGUUAUGUUGGUGAAAAAGAUUGUCGACGUUCGGGAGAGAAACGAAGAUGUGCUGCAUGUCAUAUUGUUGCUCACACCAAUUGCUUUUCAUUGCUCGCAAAACUCAAUUUGAACUGUAAAACAACUUUCCGAGAUUAUGCAACAAAGAAGACUCCUUCGAAAGAGAGUACUGAUGGAUUAACCGCUCAUCAUUGGGUUCAUAAGUGGCGCCAUGAAGGAAGAUGCAACACUUGUGCAAAAUCGUUCCAACAAAAAAUGUUUUUCCAAGGGAAAGAAAAGAAAGAAACAAUUGCGGUGACAUGUUCAUGGUGCAAAGAAUCAUAUCAUUUGAAAAACUGUUUUGCACGUGACAAAUUGGAAGAGAGAUGUAACAGAGGAGCUCUCAAGGAAAUGAUUGUUCCACCCACGUGGAUUCUUCGUCUUGCAAACCGUAAACGAAGUAGUCGAACACCAUCACAUCCGAGAAAACACAAAAAAUCUCAUCGACAAUUCGUGGUGAAACCGACAGAUUUAUGGUCAAGCGGACCGUCCCAGCCACUUUUGGUUUUUGUAAAUCCGAAAUCGGGAGGAAAUAAAGGAUCGAAAGCAUUACAUACUCUUUGUUGGCUUUUAAAUCCUCGACAAGUUUUUGAUAUAACCUCACUAAAAGGACCUAAAUUUGGAUUGGAAAUGUUCCGGAAAGUUGUGACACAAUUGAGAAUUCUGGUUUGUGGAGGUGAUGGAACUGUUGGAUGGGUGCUAUCAACACUAGAUAAUCUGAAUUGGCCGGCAUAUCCACCAAUGGCAAUUAUGCCUCUUGGUACGGGAAAUGAUUUGGCGAGAUGUAUGGGAUGGGGAGGUGUUUUCUCGGAUGAGCCAAUCAGUCAACUCAUGCAAGCGAUUCUUCAUGAAACUAUUGUUACACAUUUAGAUAGGUGGCGAAUUGAUGUGGAGCCGAACACUUCUUGUAAUUUGGAAGAGGAAGAUGAUGGAAUGCAGUCAGCACUUCCAUUAACUGUAAUGACCAAUUAUUUUUCGAUUGGAGCAGAUGCACAUGUUGCAUUACAAUUCCAUCAUUCGAGAAGUGCAAAUCCACAAAUGUUGAACUCUCGCCUGAAAAAUCGAAUUGCAUAUGGAGGCCUAGGAACUAUUGAUUUGUUCAAAAGAUCAUGGAAAGAUCUUUGUGAAUAUAUCACUUUGGAAUGUGACGGAGUUGAUGUUACUCCGAGAAUCAAAGAAUUGAAACUUCAUUGCAUUCUAUUUCAUAAUAUCACUUACUAUGCCGGUGGAACAAUCCCAUGGGGUGAAUCUUCUGAUAAUAAACCUAGUUGCUGUGAUGGAAAAGUUGAAGUUCUUGGGUUUACUACUGCUACAUUGGCUGCUCUACAAAUGGGUGGAAAAGGAGAACGUAUUGCACAAUGUUCAAGAGUUCGAGUUAUUACAAAUAAAGCAAUUCCAAUGCAAGUCGAUGGAGAACCAUGUCUUCUUGCUCCUUCUAUAAUCACGUUGGGAUUUCACAGUAAGGUUCCAAUGUUGAAACGGGAAAAGAAGACGCCAUGCACUCCAAAUUUGAUGAGACGAGGAACGAGAUAUGGACAAAAAGAUUCACAAGUUCAAUCAACAUCACUAAUAAUUCAAUUGCCAGUAAUUGUGGUUGGAAGAGCUGAUUACGAUAAUUAUAAGGAUUGUUUUGAACGAUUAAAAGAUACUGCUUACGAAAUUGGAAUCGUGAAUGUUGAAUCAGAAGCCGAACUUGAUUCGGCAAGAGUUCUCAUUCAGAGACUUCUCGUUGAGCACAACUCCCUUCCCUAUGAGCCUGACAAGAAUUGGAGAUUUUUGGAUUAUGUUUCAAAUGCAGAAGAAGGAACAUUUCGAGUUUCUCGUCAACAAGAACAUGUACAAAGUGUUAGUGAUGUGUGUAAUACAGAUGAAUGUCUUUUGAUUCUUGAUCAUGCUUUUCCUUCAAUAACUGAUCGGGAAGCGGUCGAGUUAUUUCAACCACAACAACCUAUUCCAUCUACUUCAACAAGUGCCGCUCCCCGUUACCAUAACUCCCGCCGAAUAUCUGAGACUCUUCGAAUUGUUUUGAGCUCUGACGCUCAAGAAACUCAUUUGUAGGAUUACAAGAAACACUUUUAUUUUGCCAUUUUUUCAUGUGCUAAAUCUGAUUGUAUUUUGAUAUUUCCCAAGUUUUUUUAAAUUUUUAACUUUUUGUUCAAAUCAAUUGCCGAAGAUUGUUAAAAAUUUCAGCAAUUGGCUCAUUUUUUAGGUGAAAUGAUUUAUAAUCAAAAUUAUUUUACAUCGAGAUCUCGUAGUGGAUUUUUUCUGGUUUUUUUUUUCUGAAAUCUUUAUUUAAAAAUUCUUGAAUUUUUUAACUUUCCAGAGUCAUUGGAAAAGCGUCGUACAUUGUAUAUUACAACCGAAUGAUUUUUGUGAUAAAUUUAUUUUAUUGA